AAAAACCUACUAACCAGUAACAUGGAAAUGCUCUUUCUCAUCUUAUUAACACUGGAUCGUUUUUAUGUAUUAAGUGGUUUUCUGAUCGCACACACUAAUAAAGGGUUAUGUCUGAGCACACAAAAUAGUGUGGUGGUCCUGAGGAAGUGUGAUGAGAGCAACCCAUAUCAGCAAUGGAUCUGGACCAGCACCAUGAGACUCAAUCACACACUUGUGUCCAGAUGUCUGUGGGUCAGUCAGAGCACCACUAUCCCGAAACACACUCGCUUGGUCAAACUCAGGGACUGCGAUACUGCACCGGCAUGGAAAUGCUACAACCAACGAGGAAUCUUUGGUUUGGCAGAGAUGCCGAUGUUCCUGAAAAAACAGGGUGAACGGGCUGUUGUCUGCUCUGAGAAAAGGUAUUCAAACUGGUCCAUGAUCACGAUGGACUCUGAGGGGAGACGCGUGUCCAAGUCACUCUGCCCUGCCUCAGACCCGUCCACAGUUUCAACAAUGACACAGUUUCCAGUGAAACAGGUUUCAGUCAUUUCCACAGGGGAAAUGACCACUCUAACAGUCCCUGACAUUACUCAAAGCAGAGCGGUGACCCACCUCAGUAACACAGCCAGAAGCAGAACUAAACGCACUGCUACCACUGGCCUUGGUGAUCUGACAACGUUUACUGCUGAAGCAAACUUUAAUGAGAACUACACUCAAACGCUUGAGACUGAAUCACUCUACGAGAUGAGUGAUGUUACAGAUGUGUCCCCGAGCAGUCUGAUGGUAAAGAGAACUCCUCAUGUUCCUCAGAAUUUCACCCAGAACAGAGCUGAGAUGACAGAGAUGACCUCAGAUGUUACGGAGCAGACCCAUAACCCUCUGACUUCUCAGACAGAGUCAACUAUCUCCACAACAGAUGCUGAGUCUUCAGUUUCUUUGAAUGUGAGCACUGAAACUCAGACCGCUUUAGUCUUUCAUACAGGACCGUCUGAAGCUAACAGCAGUGACGUAGAUCCUAUACUGACUGAGAGUUCAACCAGAAGUUUCCCAGUGUCAAACACAGAUGGGGCAUGGACAAAUGCCAAAACCAAAAGCUCCACCACGACAAAGAUCAUCAAAGAUGUUCAGACUAUGUUGCCAUUUAAAACCAGAACGACCCGAGCAAUCACUAAAGUUCUUCCUAAUACAGAUACUAGAGCUGUAGAGAAUACAGCCACCAGUUCAGCUAAAACUAGAGCAGGUGCAACAGCCACCCUUACAGCCCUGUACACAUCUACACCUGGCCCGCAUACAGACGUGUUCACAUCCACUACUUACACAACUACACUGGCUCCAGCUACUACUGUAGAAACAACCACCACCACUGCUGCUCUGAGCACAAGAAACACACCUCCAUCCACCAUCACUCCCACCAUGGCUUCCACAGCAAAGUUUAUAACGACGGAGGCUGCCACGUGUCUGGUGAAUGUGACUGCAAAGAGCAUUAAUAUGGAUUAUUGUGUGUUUAAUUUCACAACACCUGGAAAAUCCUGUAACUUCAUUCUGACUGAUGAUUCAAACUCCACAAGAUGUUCUGAAGAUAUCAAGAGGCCCAACCAUUAUACAUGCCUGAUGAUGGGUUUGACUCCGGGUGCCACCUAUUUGUUUGGAAUAAUGUCUCAGAAAAAUGGCAUACGCUUAAACAUUACAGUUCAAACUGCCCCUGCUCCCGUCACAUCACUGACUCUCCAGAGCAAUGGCAGUCAGGACUCUCUUAAAGCCACCUGGAUUCCUGCUGUUGGAUACAUGGAUUUCUACGAGCUCUCUCUGUCACCCUCCAUCUCUUCAGCACGGGACCUUAGCCUACCUCCAAAUACAACUCAUUGGGAUUUUAGCGGCUUGAGACCUGGAAAAGCUUAUCAAGUUUUAGUGAAGACAAAGAGAGGAGAACUAACAGCUGAGACCCGGACAAUAGGGAGAACAGCACCAGGAUCGGCGGCUCAUCUCAAGCUGGAAGCCCUUAAUGAGAAGACCCUGCGGUUGUCUUGGUCUCCUCCUGAUGGCGACUGGGAUUUCUACCGUAUCCUGCUGUUCAAUGGCUCUUCUUUGCUGAUGAACCGGACGAUUGAAAGGAAUCUUGUGGAGUUCAGCUUCACUAACUGGACUCUGAUUCCAGGCCAUCUGUACAGAGCUGCUGUGAGUGUGGAGAGUGGAUAUCUGAGCUCAACCGCAGACUGCCAAGGGAGACUAGCUCCCCGCUCUGUUCAGAGGCUGAAUGUCCGUCACAGUACAGAGACCUCUCUGAGCGCUGUGUGGAACCAUCCUAUCGGUGAGUGGGACAACUACACCGUCCUGCUGAAGGAUGAAGACACGACUGUGGACACACACACAUUAGCCCAUGAUUCACAGGAAUGCAACUUUAAUAACCUGAUGCCUGGACAUACCUAUAUGAUCACCGUGAUGACCAAUAGUGGAGAUCUGAGUAGUUCGGCCCACAUCACAGGAAGAACCAUCCCUGCACAGGUCACAAAGCUGCGGGUCAGCAACCAGGGCAGCACAGAUGCUCUGCAGGUAUGCUGGGACGGGGCAGCCGGUGAGGUGGAUCUGUACCGAGUGCUCCUCAUCCACGACAGCGUGGUCAUGAAGAACGAAAGUGUGCCACCCAAUGUCACCUCCUACCACUUCCAGGGAUUGAGAUCUGGUGCUUUGUACAGGACAGUAGUGACCACAGUGCACAGGGGUGACCUCUCACGCCAGACGGUGGCUGAUGGACGCACAGCACCAGGAUCGGCGGCUCAUCUCAAGCUGGAAGCCCUUAAUGAGAAGACCCUGCGGUUGUCUUGGUCUCCUCCUGAUGGCGACUGGGAUUUCUACCGUAUCCUGCUGUUCAAUGGCUCUUCUUUGCUGAUGAACCGGACGAUUGAAAGGAAUCUUGUGGAGUUCAGCUUCACUAACUGGACUCUGAUUCCAGGCCGUCUGUACAGAGCUGCUGUGAGUGUGGAGAGUGGAUAUCUGAGCUCAACCGCAGACUGCCAUGGGAGACUAGCUCCCCGCUCUGUUCAGAGGCUGAAUGUCCGUCACAGUACAGAGACCUCUCUGAGCGCUGUGUGGAACCAUCCUAUCGGUGAGUGGGACAACUACACCGUCCUGCUGAAGGAUGAAGACACAACUGUGGACACACACACAUUAGCCCAUGAUUCACAGGAAUGCCACUUUAAUAACCUGAUGCCUGGACAUACCUAUAUGAUCACCGUGAUGACCAAUAGUGGAGAUCUGAGUAGUUCGGCCCACAUCACAGGAAGAACCAUCCCUGCACAGGUCACAAAGCUGCGGGUCAGCAACCAGGGCAGCACAGAUGCUCUGCAGGUAUGCUGGGACGGGGCAGCCGGUGAGGUGGAUCUGUACCGAGUGCUCCUCAUCCACGACAGCGUGGUCAUGAAGAACGAAAGUGUGCCACCCAAUGUCACCUCCUACCACUUCCAGGGCUUGAGAUCUGGUGCUUUGUACAGGACAGUAGUGACCACAGUGCACAGGGGUGACCUCUCACGCCAGACGGUGGCUGAUGGACGCACAGCACCAGGAUCGGCGGCUCAUCUCAAGCUGGAAGUCCUUAAUGAGAAGACCCUGCGGUUGUCUUGGUCUCCUCCUGAUGGCGACUGGGAUUUCUACCGUAUCCUGCUGUUCAAUGGCUCUUCUUUGCUGAUGAACCGGACGAUUGAAAGGAAUCUUGUGGAGUUCAGCUUCACUAACUGGACUCUGAUUCCAGGCCGUCUGUACAGAGCUGCUGUGAGUGUGGAGAGUGGAUAUCUGAGCUCAACCGCAGACUGCCAUGGGAGACUAGCUCCCCGCUCUGUUCAGAGGCUGAAUGUCCGUCACAGUACAGAGACCUCUCUGAGCGCUGUGUGGAACCAUCCUAUCGGUGAGUGGGACAACUACACCGUCCUGCUGAAGGAUGAAGACACGACUGUGGACACACAGACAUUAGCCCAUGAUUCACAGGAAUGCCACUUUAAUAACCUGAUGCCUGGACAUACCUAUAUGAUCACCGUGAUGACCAAUAGUGGAGAUCUGAGUAGUUCGGCCCACAUCACAGGAAGAACCAUCCCUGCACAGGUCACAAAGCUGCGGGUCAGCAACCAGGGCAGCACAGAUGCUCUGCAGGUAUGCUGGGACGGGGCAGCCGGUGAGGUGGAUCUGUACCGAGUGCUCCUCAUCCACGACAGCGUGGUCAUGAAGAACGAAAGUGUGCCACCCAAUGUCACCUCCUACCACUUCCAGGGCUUGAGAUCUGGUGCUUUGUACAGGACAGUGGUGACCACAGUGCACAGGGGUGACCUCUCACGCCAGACGGUGGCUGAUGGACGCACAGCACCAGGAUCGGCGGCUCAUCUCAAGCUGGAAGCCCUUAAUGAGAAGACCCUGCGGUUGUCUUGGUCUCCUCCUGAUGGCGACUGGGAUUUCUACCGUAUCCUGCUGUUCAAUGGCUCUUCUUUGCUGAUGAACCGGACGAUUGAAAGGAAUCUUGUGGAGUUCAGCUUCACUAACUGGACUCUGAUUCCAGGCCGUCUGUACAGAGCUGCUGUGAGUGUGGAGAGUGGAUAUCUGAGCUCAACCGCAGACUGCCAUGGGAGACUAGCUCCCCGCUCUGUUCAGAGGCUGAAUGUCCGUCACAGUACAGAGACCUCUCUGAGCGCUGUGUGGAACCAUCCUAUCGGUGAGUGGGACAACUACACCGUCCUGCUGAAGGAUGAAGACACGACUGUGGACACACAGACAUUAGCCCAUGAUUCACAGGAAUGCCACUUUAAUAACCUGAUGCCUGGACAUACCUAUAUGAUCACCGUGAUGACCAAUAGUGGAGAUCUGAGUAGUUCGGCCCACAUCACAGGAAGAACCAUCCCUGCACAGGUCACAAAGCUGCGGGUCAGCAACCAGGGCAGCACAGAUGCUCUGCAGGUAUGCUGGGACGGGGCAGCCGGUGAGGUGGAUCUGUACCGAGUGCUCCUCAUCCACGACAGCGUGGUCAUGAAGAACGAAAGUGUGCCACCCAAUGUCACCUCCUACCACUUCCAGGGCUUGAGAUCUGGUGCUUUGUACAGGACAGUGGUGACCACAGUGCACAGGGGUGACCUCUCACGCCAGACGUUGGCUGAUGGACGAACAGCACCAGGAUCGGCGGCUCAUCUCAAGCUGGAAGCCCUUAAUGAGAAGACCCUGCGGUUGUCUUGGUCUCCUCCUGAUGGCGACUGGGAUUUCUACCGUAUCCUGCUGUUCAAUGGCUCUUCUUUGCUGAUGAACCGGACGAUUGAAAGGAAUCUUGUGGAGUUCAGCUUCACUAACUGGACUCUGAUUCCAGGCCAUCUGUACAGAGCUGCUGUGAGUGUGGAGAGUGGAUAUCUGAGCUCAACCGCAGACAGCCAAGGGAGACUAGCUCCCCGCUCUGUUCAGAGGCUGAAUGUCCGUCACAGUACAGAGACCUCUCUGAGCGCUGUGUGGAACCAUCCUAUCGGUGAGUGGGACAACUACACCGUCCUGCUGAAGGAUGAAGACACAACUGUGGACACACAGACAUUAGCCCAUGAUUCACAGGAAUGCAACUUUAAUAACCUGAUGCCUGGACAUACCUAUAUGAUCACCGUGAUGACCAAUAGUGGAGAUCUGAGUAGUUCGGUCCACAUCACAGGAAGAACCAUCCCUGCACAGGUCACAAAGCUGCGGGUCAGCAACCAGGGCAGCACAGAUGCUCUGCAGGUAUGCUGGGACGGGGCAGCCGGUGAGGUGGAUCUGUACCGAGUGCUCCUCAUCCACGACAGCGUGGUCAUGAAGAACGAAAGUGUGCCACCCAAUGUCACCUCCUACCACUUCCAGGGCUUGAGAUCUGGUGCUUUGUACAGGACAGUGGUGACCACAGUGCACAGGGGUGACCUCUCACGCCAGACGUUGGCUGAUGGACGAACAGCACCAGGAUCGGCGGCUCAUCUCAAGCUGGAAGCCCUUAAUGAGAAGACCCUGCGGUUGUCUUGGUCUCCUCCUGAUGGCGACUGGGAUUUCUACCGUAUCCUGCUGUUCAAUGGCUCUUCUUUGCUGAUGAACCGGACGAUUGAAAGGAAUCUUGUGGAGUUCAGCUUCACUAACUGGACUCUGAUUCCAGGCCGUCUGUACAGAGCUGCUGUGAGUGUGGAGAGCGGAUAUCUGAGCUCAACCGCAGACUGCCAAGGGAGACUAGCUCCCCGCUCUGUUCAGAGGCUGAAUGUCCGUCACAGUACAGAGACCUCUCUGAGCGCUGUGUGGAACCAUCCUAUCGGUGAGUGGGACAACUACACCGUCCUGCUGAAGGAUGAAGACACGACUGUGGACACACAGACAUUAGCCCAUGAUUCACAGGAAUGCAACUUUAAUAACCUGAUGCCUGGACAUACCUAUAUGAUCACCGUGAUGACCAAUAGUGGAGAUCUGAGUAGUUCGGCCCACAUCACAGGAAGAACCAUCCCUGCACAGGUCACAAAGCUGCGGGUCAGCAACCAGGGCAGCACAGAUGCUCUGCAGGUAUGCUGGGACGGGGCAGCCGGUGAGGUGGAUCUGUACCGAGUGCUCCUCAUCCACGACAGCGUGGUCAUGAAGAACGAAAGUGUGCCACCCAAUGUCACCUCCUACCACUUCCAGGGCUUGAGAUCUGGUGCUUUGUACAGGACAGUGGUGACCACAGUGCACAGGGGUGACCUCUCACGCCAGACGGUGGCUGAUGGACGCACAGCACCAGGAUCGGCGGCUCAUCUCAAGCUGGAAGUCCUUAAUGAGAAGACCCUGCGGUUGUCUUGGUCUCCUCCUGAUGGCGACUGGGAUUUCUACCGUAUCCUGCUGUUCAAUGGCUCUUCUUUGCUGAUGAACCGGACAAUUGAAAGGAAUCUUGUGGAGUUCAGCUUCACUAACUGGACUCUGAUUCCAGGCCGUCUGUACAGAGCUGCUGUGAGUGUGGAGAGCGGAUAUCUGAGCUCAACCGCAGACUGCCAUGGGAGACUAGCUCCCCGCUCUGUUCAGAGGCUGAAUGUCCGUCACAGUACAGAGACCUCUCUGAGCGCUGUGUGGAACCAUCCUAUCGGUGAGUGGGACAACUACACCGUCCUGCUGAAGGAUGAAGACACGACUGUGGACACACAGACAUUAGCCCAUGAUUCACAGGAAUGCAACUUUAAUAACCUGAUGCCUGGACAUACCUAUAUGAUCACCGUGAUGACCAAUAGUGGAGAUCUGAGUAGUUCGGCCCACAUCACAGGAAGAACCAUCCCUGCACAGGUCACAAAGCUGCGGGUCAGCAACCAGGGCAGCACAGAUGCUCUGCAGGUAUGCUGGGACGGGGCAGCCGGUGAGGUGGAUCUGUACCGAGUGCUCCUCAUCCACGACAGCGUGGUCAUGAAGAACGAAAGUGUGCCACCCAAUGUCACCUCCUACCACUUCCAGGGCUUGAGAUCUGGUGCUUUGUACAGGACAGUGGUGACCACAGUGCACAGGGGUGACCUCUCACGCCAGACGGUGGCUGAUGGACGAACAGUUCCAGCCGCAGUUAGAGAUGUGACGGUGAGCAACAAUGGGCGCAUGGACUUCCUGAGCGUGUCCUGGAGAGCAGCUGAAGGAGAUGUGGACAGUUACUCGGUCACUCUGAGAGAUCGGGAGAGAACCAUUCAUACCCAGACCAUGUCUAAGUUCAGUACAGAGUGUGUUUUUAAGUCUCUGGUGUCUGGAUGUCUCUACAACAUCUCUAUCAGUACCCGAAGUGGAGAGUAUGAAAACCACACUGUGGUUCAUGAGCGCACACAACCUUCCACAGUGCUGAACCCUACAGCCACACAUAUGGCUCGUGAUGACCAUCUAAAGGUGUACUGGCGGCAUGCAGCUGGAGACUUUGACUACUAUCAUGUCUCCAUCAAGCACAACAACAUGUUCCACCAGAACAAGACGGUCCCCAAGACUCAGAACGAAUGUGUGUUCAGUGGGCUGGUACCAGGCAGACUCUACACUGUGAUUGUCAGCACAUGGAGUGGGAAAUAUAAGUCUAGUGUGUCAACUCAUGGAAGGACAUUGCCCGCAGGAGUAUGGAACUUGACGCUAGCUGACAGUGGCACAGAGGAUCUGCUGGUGACGUGGGUUUCUGCUCCCGGAGAUGUGGAUCAUUAUGAAGUUCAGCUGCUCUUUAAUGACAUGAAGGUUUUUCCACCGAUCACAUUAACCAGCAGCACCAACAGAUACCUGCUCUCUUCACUCACCCCUGGAAGACUCUACAAAAUUGUGGUGUCCACCUUUAGCGGACCAAACCUCAGUGUGCAGUUUGUCAAAGGCAGAACAGUUCCCAGUAAAGUGAAGAACAUUCAUAUCAGUAAUGCCGGUCAGAGCAGCAGUCUUAGAGUGAAUUGGACACCUGGGCAGGGAGAUGUGGACAGGUACACUGUGUCACUGUCCCAGAUGGGUGGUCAGGCAGAGGAGAAAUCAGUCCCUAAACAUGUGAAUGAGAUCAUUUUCCAGGGUCUAUUGCCAGGACAACAGUACAUGAUAACCAUAGCAUCAAUCAGUGGAUCUCUGAUCAAUAACAGCACAGCAACAGGACGAACAGUACCCUCUUCCGUGACUGCUCUACUGGUGGAGAACCAGAACAGCACGUCUAGUCUGCUGGUGUCAUGGCAGCCGGGUCGAGGGGUGUAUGACAGCUAUCAACUGCAGCUGCUAGAUGACAGAGGAACUCUGGUGUCUAAUAGCUCUCAAACUGCAGAAGCCAGCCAGCACAACUUCAGACAGCUCACUCCAGGAAGAAAAUAUCGCAUCAUGAUACAAACCAUCAGUGGAGGAAUCAGCAGCAAAGAUGUCAUUACUGAGGGCAGAACCAGUCCAGCGACUGUUAAUAACCUGUCCAUCAUAAGCAACUCGACCACAAGCUUGUCGUUCCACUGGGAUCUGCCAGACGGGGAGUUUGAUGGAUUUGAUGUUUUUCUGUAUGCUAGAGAUGAAAGCUUGCAUGAUCAGAAAACAGUAAUUGUGAACAAGCAGGACUGUUCUUUCCAGAACCUUCAACCUGGGAUGCUGUACAAGGUGGUUGUUCUGACCCGCAGUGGAGAUCAGACCAAUGACACAUCCAUCUGGGCCCGGACAGUUCCUGCAGCUGUGACGUUCUUGCAUGCUGACAGUAGAACAGGCUCUGAGAGUCUGUGGUUGAGCUGGAAACAGGCCGGGGGUGAAGUGAGCCGCUACACCCUCCUGAUCUACAAUCCUGAUGGGACUCAACAUGCGGAGCAGAGUUUGGGCCCGGAGAGCAGAAGUUACAUGUUUGAAAGGCUGGUGCCUGGACGACUUUACCAGGCCGUCGUCCUUACACACAGUGGAGAUCUAACAAACAUGGCAAAUACUACUGGCAGGACAGACCCUAGGCCACCAGUCUCAUUCUCAUUUGGAGAAAUCACUAACACUUCACUGGAGAUCACCUGGAGCAGUCCAGAAAACACUGAUUAUGAUGACUUUGACCUUCAGUGGAGCCCAAGGGACCACCUGUCUGUGUUUAACCCCUACCACAGCCCCACAUCUGGAAACCGUAUUCUGAAAGGCAUGUACCCUGGCCGUCAGUACAACAUCAGCCUGCGUACGGUCAGCGGUGCUGGAACCAACAACCCUACCUACAGCUCUCCGGUCCACAGGAGCAUCAGGACAAAGCCUGAGCGUGUCCAGAGUCUGCACUGCCGUCCUCAGAACUCUACAGCCAUUUCCUGUUCCUGGAGUCCCCCCGAAGCUGACUUUGACUCUUACACCAUAGAGUGCUUGAGAAAGGACUCUCUGAGGAUGAUGUACUCCCAGCGCACAGUCAAAGAGAACACCAUCUAUCUGAUCAAAGAUCUGGAGCCUCAUAAGCAGUACAUUGUCUCUGUCAAAGUCAUCUCUGACAGUAUGACCAGUGAGGCAGUCAUGGAAAAUGUGGUCACAAUGAUAGACCGUCCACCUCUGCCCUCAAUUCGCAUCGAUGAGAAUACAGUUCAGGUUAAUAAGUCAACCAUAUCCUUCAAGUUCAACUGCAGCUGGUUCAGUGAUAUCAAUGGUGCCGUGAAAUACUUCACCAUCAUCAUAACUGAAUCUGCUGACAGUGAAAACCAGCAUCCAUACCAGCAUCAUCCUCUUCCCUCAUACCUGGACUACAGAUCCAACAGCUCCGUCAAAGCUUAUCAGACCAGUUACUUCCUCAGUCACUGCGAAGAGAGCCAAAACACAGUGCAGGAGUUUGAGAUUCAUCUGGGAUCAGGCAUGGAGAGACUUGGAGGAAGAUGUGAUCAGAAAACAUCAACUGAUGCCUUGCAACAGCAGGCGAUCUACUGUGAUGGGCAACUGAAACCCAAGACAGCAUACAGACUCAGUGUUCGAGCGUUUACAAAACUUUUCGGUGAGAAAGAUGAGGAGUUUAUCUCUCCGCUCUAUACUGAUACAUACCUGUCCAAGCCCAUCACGACAGACGCAGAGCCAUUGAGUGGGGUCAUCGAAGGGGUCAGUGCUGGACUCUUCCUCAUCGCCACCAUGGUGGGACUAAUUGUUCUGCUGAUCUGCAGACGGAAAGUCCACAAAAUGAGUGCACAAGAGCCUGUGAUCAGAAUGAGUUUGAGAAGAGAAAGACAACCCCCAGGAACUCAUGUCAUUGUUAGAGGGAACCGUCGUGUCUCAAGUCCCAUCAGCUUCACAAAUUUUGAGUCACAUUUAGCUAAACUUCGAGCAGAUUCCAGCUACCUCCUUUCUGAUGAAUAUGAGGACCUGAAGGAUGUUGGUCGUAACCAACCUCAAGACGCAGCGUUAUUGCCUGAAAACAGAGGCAAAAAUCGCUACAACAAUAUACUGCCUUAUGAUUCUACAAGGGUGAAGCUGUCCUAUGUUGAUGAUGACUCCUGCUCAGAUUAUAUUAAUGCCAGCUAUAUUCCUGGCAAUAACUUCAGACGGGAGUAUAUAGCAACUCAGGGUCCUUUGCCCGGCACUAAAGAUGAUUUCUGGAAGAUGGUCUGGGAGCAGAAUGUGCACAACAUAGUUAUGGUGACACAAUGUGUUGAGAAAGGAAGGGUGAAGUGUGACCAUUACUGGCCAUUUGAUCUGGAGCCCCUGUAUUAUGGCGAUCUGGUCGUUCAGAUGCAGUCAGAGUCUGUGCUGCCCGAAUGGACCAUCCGAGAAUUCAAGAUCUGUAAUGAGGAACAGCCUAACUAUUCCCGAGUCGUACGUCAGUUUCAUUACACUGUGUGGCCGGAUCAUGGAGUUCCAGAGAUCACGCAGUCACUCAUUCAGUUCGUGCGGACUGUGAGAGACUAUAUCAACCGGACGCCCUUCUCUGGAGCCACUGUAGUGCACUGCAGUGCUGGAGUGGGGCGCACGGGAACCUUUAUUGCUCUUGACAGAGUCCUUCAGCAGCUGGACACUGGGGACACAGUGGACAUCUACAGUGUUGUGUUUCAACUGAGGAUUCAUCGCACACACAUGGUGCAGACAGAGUGCCAGUACUCGUACCUCUAUCAGUGCGUGCGAGACGUGCUCCGUGCAAGAAAACUGCGCAGUGAACAGGAGAACCUUUUGUAUCCCAUCUAUGAAAAUGUGCAUCCGGAUUACCACAGAGAUGUGGUCUGCUCCAAACGUUGAUGUGCAGGUGGAUAAAAAAGUGGCUGAACACAUAUGUAAAAAUGUAUUUGAAAAUGAAUUUAUUUUAAUAUGCUACAGUAUGUGUAUGCCUAGAUGUAACAGAAUUAUAUAAUGUACAUAUAUUAUUCAACAUUAAUUUAGAGUUUGUUAAUUCUUGCAUAAUAUAUUGUACAUCACUAAUUAAAUGUUGUAGCUAAUUUUAUAUUAAUAAAAUAUAUAACAAAACAA